CGUGCAUUAGGAGAAGGCAGUGGAGAGCUGGCUCACAGAGCAGGGAUAGAGUUUCCCGGUAAGAGAUCUCUGACCAGCGUGGAUUCGGUUUCUUCUUUGGAACAUCUCAUCACACGCACCAUCUCAACAUCAGUAGUCGUUGCUUUUUCCAGGCCAUGCUUUAUUUUUGGGACUAAACUCCACGGUAAACUCAUGGUGGUGGUGGAGCUCACACCGCGGUCGCUGCCCGGCGUCGUGUCUCUUCUCUCGGGGCACCAUGGGUCCAUAAAAUGCCUUCUCUGUGGAAACAGAUCACAUUCUCCGCUGCCUCGGUGCUCUGUGUGGGGUCGGUGGUCCUGUUGGUCGUGGCCUUGUCUACAGAGCGCUGGAUCACUGGCCGGAUUCUGUGUAAAACAGGCGCAGAGAUAGUCAAUGCUUCAAACCCCGAGAUGGAACAGUUCAUGGGACACAUUUACUUCGGAUUAUUCCGAGGAGGAAAGACCAAGAACUGUGGGCUUGGGAAUAGACGCUCCAAGAUCUACAUUUUCCCCAAACUGGUGCGGACACUCAAUGGUGGAUUGCAUAUCAUGGUCAUCCUCUUCCUGCUGGCAGCUAUGGGAUUUGCUGUGGUCAGUUUGUCCUUUAGCAUUUACAAUGCACGCAAGGUUCCCUACCAGAGCAUCAAGGGCCACAAAGGACUCUACCUGUGGAACAUUAUUGCAGGAUUACUCGGAUCGCUCGGAGUGCUUUGCUUCAUUGCCGCUAUGAGACACCACAGUCUGACAGAGCGAGUAGCCAACUAUGAGGAAAAGCUCUUCAUCCUGGUGGUGAUCUCUGAUAGACUGGACUUUUCAUUUUUCCUGGUUGUGGGCAGUAUAGUGACUCACAUAGCUGCCUGUGGAGUAGUUGCCAUGAGCCGUAUCAAGCUGCCCAAACCUAAGGUGAAGAAGCCCGAGGAGCCCACCAUUGCUGCACUAGAUCUUCUGUAUUAAACCACAGCAGAGUCUUACAGCAUCAUUAGUGUGGACAUUGCAUUACAUGCACAUUUUUCUCAAUAGGUUGAGUUCACGUGACAUUACAAUAUUCUGUAAUUCCUAUAAUGUAUAAUUGAGGUGAAGGACAAGUCAGUUUAUAUGGUGAAAUUUGAACAUCAAAUUGCACAUUUGUUGACCUAAUUUGUGGUAAUAUCUCUGUAUUUACUGGGUGUAUCCUCAAGAAACAAAAACUCACUCAAAGUUCAAUGUUCAACACAUUUCUUCCAAAAACAGUGAAUCUCCCAUAGAGCUAUACAGGGCUCUGUUCUCCAUCUGAAAUUAUGACACAAUCUGUAGAGGUUAUGCAGAUCACAUCAAUACCUUUCAAACUUUAUUAGAGAGUGGCAAAGGUAUAUGAGUGUCAAUGGUGAGUAAUGUAAGAGCUCAAAACACAUCUAAAAUGUGAAAGUGCUGCUACAGCAUAAUAACAAAUAUAAAACUCUACAACUCUGCUAAAUAUUUAGUUUGUACCUGACAUCUAAAGCAAGAAAAUUAUUUCAACAGUAAUAGAAAACCAGUUAACAGUAAAACAACAGCUACACUGCAAACUACACGCAUGUUUAUCACUUAUACAGACUUUGGAUCAGACACAGUUGAACUGAACCUUUCUCUCCUUAAAUAACAUUUCUGAGUCUGUGUGAGGAAAGAAUUAUUGUGGCUAAAAAACAACUCCACGGACAAAAAUGAGGCAAUAAAACGCAAAGAAGCACAUUUUUCAGUUAUGCUGCCCAUAGUUCUGCCACUCAGUUGAGGGGCAUUUUUCAAGUCAAAAUUAUGUCAGUGCAUAAUUAUAUCAUUAUAAUGUAUUUCAGAAUCAGUUCUUUUUAAUAAUGUGAUUUUAAUCAUACUUUAUUCUUGAUAGUUUAUACUUGAGGGCUACACUGUUCACUUUUUAAAAUAGACACCUGACACAUCUGUUAUGUGUCAUCUCAGAAAAUGUGUUCUAUUUUACAAUGAAGAGAGUAAACAAAGGGUUUGUUUAUUCUUAUACUUGCCAAACAAACACCACAUAGGACUCCUGAGCCCUUGUGGACAUCUUUUACAUAUGCACUACACCAGUGGUUCUCAAAUGAAAAAAAUACCUUCUGAGUAUCACCAGAUCUAAACCAAAUCUAAAAUAGGACUAUUGUAGAUCUAAACCAGGGCUAAAACAUACACAAAUGGGACUACACAUAUGCUUUAGUUUUAAACAAGAAUUUACUGUAAUGAGUACAAAAAAUGUAGAUUAAACCAAGAGAGAAACAGCAGAUUACUGGCAGGAACUUGCUUACCACAAGUCGUCCACGUACCACAAUCUGAGAAUCACUGCACCACUCAAAAUGCUAUUGAAUGUCUUUUUAUUUGUAUCCCGAGAUUAUUUUUCAUGACUUGGAUGGCUGCAUGCAUGCUAGUGAGCUUGUCUUGCACUGACUGAAUUAAAUUCUACUAACCUUUAUACUAUUCAUUUCCAUGUAUAGCAACAAUUAUUGUGUAUAUAAAUGUAUUUUAAUCUUUAAGUGAAGAAAUAAAUAAGAAUUUAUGU